GCGAGACAUCUGUAUAUUUGUGAUUUCCACAAAAACUUAAUUCAGAGUGUGAGAAAUAGAAGAAAGAGGAAAGGCAGCGAUGAUGAUGGUGACUCACCAGUGCAAGACAUCGACACUCCAGAGGUUGAUUUAUAUCAGUUGCAAGUAAACACACUUCGAAGGUACAAAAGACACUUCAAGCUACAGACCAGACCGGGACUUAACAAAGCACAGCUCGUUGAAAUAAUUGGCUGCCAUUUUAGAACAAUCCCAGUAAAUGAAAAGGACACCUUAACGUAUUUCAUCUACUCGGUGAAGAAUGACAAGAACAAACCAGAUCUAAAGAUGGAUAGUGGGGUUCACUAGAUGGAAAAGGUUGGGACUGAGGCUCAGGCCGCAAAUCAAAAGACUGAGGGUUUUUGUUGAUAUGGAAAAGCUUUCUUUGUAACUUUUUUCUCCCCAGAGAGUUUCUCUGUUUUAUUUUUCAUAACCUUGCUGAUUUGUUAGAAAGCCAUCUCUUAUGAAAUAAAUUUCCUCAGCAAAAGUAUUUUAAAUAAAUAUCACUGAUAUUGUUGCUCA